UCCAAAUAAAUGCCAUAGCUUUCUCGUUCUCUCGACACUCCUCCAUCCCUCUAAUAUAUAGAAAGCCGCUCCAGCUAGUAAGCCACAGGAGGAGGGCACAAAUUGCAGGAGGAAUCAGAAAUGGCAUCGCGUACUGUUUGUGUCAUGGAUGCCUCUGGACGUUUAGGUUCAACCUUAGUCGACAGGCUGCUGAAAAGAGGAUACACUGUCCAUGCUGCUGUUCAAACUGAAGGGGAUUUGGCAUCAUUUAGUGGAUUAGCAAAUGACAACAAGAAUUUGAAGGUGUUUCACUCGGACCCUUUUGACUAUCAUAGCGUGGUUGAUGCUUUAAAGGGUUGUUCUUGUUUGUUUUACACGUUCGAGCCUCCGCAGGAUCAUUCCAUAUAUGAUGAAAAUAUGGUUGAAGUGGAGGUUAGAGCAGCACACAAUGUAGUGGAAGCAUGUGAUCAGACAGACACCAUGGAAAAAGUUGUUUUUACAUCCUCAGCCACAGCAGUCAUCUGGAGGGAUCAUCAGAUAUCAGAUUCAUCUGCAGAGUUGGAUGAGAAAAGUUGGAGUGAAAUCAACUUUUGUCGUAAAUUCAAGCUAUGGCAUGCGCUGUCGAAAACGCUGGCAGAGAAAACUGCUUGGGCCUUGGCAAUGGACAGAGGAGUAAGCAUGGUGUCUAUCAAUGCAGGAUUAUUGAUGGCUCCUGAUUUGUCAAUCAGAAACCCUUAUCUAAAAGGGGCGGCAGAGAUGUAUGAAAAUGGGCUGUUAGCAACUGUGGAUUUAGAUUUCUUGGUGGAUGCUCACAUCUGUGUUUCUGAAGACAUCUCAACGUAUGGUCGAUAUUUAUGCUUUAAUCAUGUAAUUACAAACACAGAAGAUGCUGUUAAACUAGCAAAAUUAUCGACAGCUUCAGCUUCAGAGUCUCAAAGUCAUGAUGAGGCCAAAGUCAACGAAAGGAUGAUUCAACAGAGAAUAAGCAACAAGAAACUGAACAAAGUAAUGGUUGAUUUCGACUGUGGAUCCCAGCUGGUUGACUGAUAUGUGCACACAUCCUGCAGUUGGCAAUCCUUAAAUUUGGUUGAGAGUUCUUUAAAUAUGGCAGGGUCCAGAAUGUGGGCAUAAGCUGUUAGUUGAAGCAACUACAGAUAUAAACGAGGAGAUGACAAACUGAAAUCAUACAGAGGCAACAUUUACAAUUAUACUAUACCAUAAAGGAUAGCCUAAAAGAUGUACAUGUAUGCACAUAUACAUGUCUGUGCAUAUGGAAGUACGUUGUAUGCAUCUACAUAUAUUUGUCUGAGCAUGUGCAUGCUUAGAUACAUAUCUAUGCGAUUGCAUAAACAUUAAAGCAAAAGAUAGUAUGUAGAUAAACUAAUGGAUGAAGCAAGUAUGAUAGUACCAAAAUGUUAUUGUAGGCCGAAAAAGGCAUCCUUUUCAUCUCA